GCAGCAGUUAAUUACUGAAGUAGGUAACCGUCACCUAUUGUUAAAAGAAGUAAACAGGGGUCAGGCUAAAUAAAAAUAUGGAAAUUACCAUCUUCUAAAUGAUAAGUUUAACUUUAUAUUGCUGAAUAUUUGAAUCAAAUACAAAAGUUCUGCAUCCAAUCAGAAUGCUCGUUGCUUUCGAUUUGAAUUUUCCUUCUUCCUCAUUAAUAUCUGGUAAACAAUAAUUCCCACAACAAACGAUGUCUUCUCAUUUAAAAUAUGUUUCUCUAACUGUGCUAGUUUUACAAACAACUGCACUUGUUUUACUUCUGAGAUAUUCAAGGACAGUUCCUCAAGCAGGACCAAGAUAUCUUGCUUCAACUACGAUUGUUAUAUCUGAAAUUUUAAAAAUACUUGCCUGCCUAGCUGUUUUAUGCAUUGAAUGUGGUUGGUCUUUGUCUCAUUUAAAAUUACUACUUUUUCAAGAAAUUUUUAAGAAACCAGUCGAAACUUUGAAGCUACUUAUACCAGCAAGUUUAUAUACAUUGCAAAAUAAUUUAUUAUUUAUUGCAUUGUCUGUCUUAGAUGCUGCUACUUAUCAAGUGACUUAUCAGCUUAAAAUUUUAACCACAGCUAUGUUUUCUGUUAUGAUACUUCAUAAAAGAUUAGUACCUACCCAAUGGUUGGCUCUUGUUCUACUUAUGAUUGGUGUCAUUCUUGUACAGAUGCCUUCAUCAGAUUCCAAUGUAAAUUCUCCUUCUGAAAGAAGUAUGUCAUCACAUUUCCUGGGUUUGUUUGUAGUAUUAAUAGCCUGUUUCUCAAGUGGAUUCAGUGGGGUUUAUUUUGAAAAGCUUUUAAAAAGCUCAGCCCAGUCUUUAUGGAUUAGAAACAUUCAACUUGCUAUCUUUAGUGUCUUCCUUGGUAUUGGAGCUGUAAUUUUUCAAGAUUAUGAAGCUGUUUCUCAGAAUGGUAUUUUUCAAGGAUAUUAUACAACAACUUGGAUACUCAUUUUUUUGCAGGCUUUUGGAGGAUUAGUUGUUUCAACUGUGAUUAAGUAUGCUGAUAAUAUUUUAAAAGGAUUUGCAACUUCUGUUUCAAUUGUAGUUUCAACUAUAUGUUCAUAUUAUUUAUUGGGGGAUUUUCAACCUACUCAUACGUUUUUUGUUGGAGCAACAAUUGUUAUAAUUGCCACAUUAUUGUAUGGAUACCCUGCAAAGAAGUUAGAAAAAUGCUCAACUUUGACACCACGUGAAAAAACAAUUGGAAGAUGAUCCCCUUACUUUAUUUUUAAAGGCCAAAGUUUUAAAUAUUCGGAUAACUCGACUCUUAUAAGUCAUGACCCCAUACUUAAUAUUAUUUAUUUUUGUUGUGAGUUGUUAUUUAUUGUUAUUGAUUUCUUAAAAGUCAUUUUAUUAAGGAGACAAUUUUUUUAAUUUAUUUCCACAAUCUUAAGAAGACUCAAUGUUGUUGUAAGGAAUAAUAUUAUUUUAUUCUGAUAAAUAUAAAAGUUAUAUUUUUUUUCUUGUAUUUGUUAAAAAUAAGAUUAAAGUAGCAAUUUAAAAAAUUCCAUGCUAAUAAGUUAGCAAAACAAAGAUUAAACACAUAAUUUUACUAAACAUUUUGUUGGAAUAUGUUUGAUUAAAGUAUUAUUAUUUAAUUUAACUAUAGUUUUUAAGAGCAUUUAUUAUGUAUCAUAUACAUGUAAGUUUAAUUUCAUAGUGGUAUAUUUUCU